UGGUUUAUUUUCAUCCACUUCCACACAUUUUGGCUUCUCAUUUGGUUCUAAAUAAAAAGUUAGUUUUUGUUUUUAUAAUUUCGCGGAGUAUUGUAAUAUGUCUGAUGAUGAAGACAUUCAAUAUGUUAAACGGCAAAGAACUCUCUAUUAUGGUUCAUUGGAGGAGACCGAACGAAAACGCUUGGCGGCAGCAUCGUCCACUACCGGUGUAGCACCGCAAACAUCGAGCGCAUUGGAAGACAUUGAUUCGGAUGAGGAUUAUGAAGAUCCAAAGAAACACCAACAAAUCGCUGCUUCAGCGCCCCCUCCUACAGCUGCCGCCCUAGCAAAUAAAAUAAACGAUGACUACUUUGAUUUGGAAACGGAGAUAUCCAAAGAUAAAGUUGCUCUACUCGAAGAGUUUGAGCGGAAGAAACGUGCGCGCCAAAUAAAUGUAUCAACGGAUGAUGCUGAAAUUAAACGCAAUUUGCGACAGUUAAACGAGCCCAUUUGUUAUUUCGGCGAAGGACCAGCAGAGCGUAGACGGCGACUUCGAGAAUUAUUGGCAAGUCUGGGUGAAAAUGCGAUAAAACAAAAACAGACAGAGGAGGAAGAGAGAAAGCAGUUGCAGAAGGAACAGGAGACAACUUGGUAUCACGAAGGUCCAGAAACCUUGCGGGUGGCAAGACUUUGGAUAGCACGCUAUUCUCUACCCAGGGCCAAGGAACGUUUGGAGAAGGCUAGAGAGUCACUCGAAGUGCCAAGUGCUACAAGGGCCGGGCGAAUGGUUGAGCUACAAAAGCGUUUGCAAUCAUUGGGCCCACAUUGUAGCCAAGUGGGAGAUACCCGACCAUUAAGCGGGAGUGCCUUUAAUGACGAUUCCACACUUUUGGUUACAUCAUCUUGGUCUGGACUUUGCAAGUUAUGGUCUGUGCCGGACUGUAAAUUGGAACAAACACUGCGAGGUCAUACCAGCUAUGUGGGUGGUGUGGCUUUUCGUCCCGGCAUCAAAAAAGACGAGGAGAACGUAGUCGCAAUGGCCUCUGGAGGUCACGAUGGUUCCGUUAAGCUUUGGGGAUUUAACUCUGAAGAGUCAAUAGCUGAUAUCACAGGACACAUGCCUCAUCGAGUCUCCAAAGUAGGUUUUCAUCCCUCAGGACGAUUUUUGGCCACAGCCUGUUAUGACUCUUCUUGGCGUUUGUGGGAUCUUGAACAAAAAACAGAAGUGCUGCAUCAGGAGGGACAUGCUAAGGCUGUGCAUUGCCUGGCUUUUCAAGCAGAGGGUAGUGUAAUAGUCACCGGAGGACUUGAUGCCUUUGGCAGAGUUUGGGAUUUGCGAACAGGUCGCUGCAUAAUGUUUCUCGAAGGUCAUUUGGGUUCCAUAUUUGGUGUUGAUUUUUCACCGAACGGCUUUCAUAUUGCCACUGGUUCUCAAGAUAACACUUGCAAAAUAUGGGAUCUAAGGCGGCGUCAGCCAGUCUAUACCAUACCAGCCCAUCUAAAUCUCAUAUCUGAUGUAAAGUAUCAGCGAGAUGGUGGUAGUUUCCUAGCCACCUGCUCCUAUGAUUGUACCACUAAAAUUUGGUCAAACAAAACCUGGCAACCCCUUAAGACAUUACAAGGCCACGAUGGAAAAGUGGUCUCUUUAGAUAUAUCUUCGAAUUCCAAUUUCAUUGUGACAACAUCAUUUGAUCGAACAUUCAAAUUAUGGUCACCCGACUGCUAGUACUAGUUUACAUCAAUGUUACGUCUGAUUAUCCCAUUUCGUAAUAACUGAAGUCUGAACAUUGUUUUUAUAUAUAGACUCAUAAUUUCCAGCAACAUCAUACUCUUUCCCGUUAAGCACCAUCCACAAGAGAAAACUUUACAAACUAAGAGCUUAACUGACUUCCGGCCCUAAUCAACAACAGCAAUUUCUUCGUUUUAUUGGUGCAGACGGCCGGUACACUCUAGCCGUCUCAUUGUCUCUGUUAAUGUUGAAAUAUAUAAUACCUAUUACAUUAUUAAAUUAAUUUUGUUAUAUUGCAAAUAAUUCACAAAAAUAGUAAAAACAAAAAAAUACAAACAACAAUCUGGCUCGUAAGACAAAAAUUUAUUAUGUAAAUCCAAUGGAACACGAAAGUGUUUCGCUUGUAAAGUCAUAAUUUAAAAAAAAAAACAAAAUAAACAAAAUUUGUACCAUAAACCAAA